CUUAUCAAACGCAAACUUCACUGGGGCUCUACUUAGUACAUGGAAGUCAGCCAAAAGACAAAUCAUAUGGAGUCCACUUUACUGAAUACUCAGGGAUUGGAGAUCUUAAAAUAAUGGGUUUAUCACAAAGAAAUGAACCAACAGUACCACGUACUCACCUGCAUUUUGGAGAUGGCAGCAUGGCAAGUUCACGAUUUUCAAAAAUUCCUCUGGAUGUACUUGCAAGGGAAGUGGAUCGCAAUAAAGCAUGGUGGGUUGAGAAACCUGGAGAAAAUUCUGAAUACCUACAUUCACUCCAUGACAAAUAUAUAGCAAAGCCAGCUGUUGAUCUAUACUUUUCCACAAAAAGCAAGUUUACAUUUUUUCCACGGUCAAGGAAAUUUGAUAUGGAAUACAUAAAAAAUGCUGAAAAUACGGUUAAUGAGGAUGCCAAGCCUCAAAUUUCUGAAGAAUGUGAUGCAUCUAUAAUCAGAGAAAAAGAUUCUGGAGAUAUGGAUUUGGAAUCAGAGGGUAUUCAGCCAGAAACGAGUGACAAGAAAGCUGACAUUUUAGCUCCCAGUGACAGGGAAGAUAUUUGCACUUGCAUCGCGACAAAAGAGGUGGCUGGCGAAGGUGUUGGUGCAGACGAUGUAAAAGAGGACGUUAUAAUUCCGUCCGAAACUGAACAGGAUCGGAUCACUGAGAAACAGCCUUGCACGUGUGAAAAAAAGGAGGAACACAUUGAAGAGGAAGUAGAACCACCGUGUCCUGAGCCACCAGCAGAGACAAGUGUUGAGUACAGGAACAUGCUCCGCCGAGAGGAAAUGUUUAGAGUUGGCCGUCCAUUUAUGUCUGGAAGAUGCACAUGGUUCAAUGAAUUAUACAAAACUGAGAAAUUACCUCGUGUUGGCCGGACAGAUAAAAGGCAAUACGAGUAUAAACAUUUUUCAAAUUUAUAGAACUUUCGCCUCGUUAUAUUUUUUCCAUCUGUAGCUGAACAAUGGAAUGUAACAUUGAAAACAGAAUGAAAAACAAAAAUCAAUAUUUUUUGAUUACAAAGUAUUUUCAAUACAAAAUGACAGGUUUAGCCAUUUGCCCUGCGUAAUCUUACUAGACACCGAGUCAUUUGACGACUUAUAAACUGGGAAGUAUUCUGUGCUUCUUGAAAUAAUAACUGCUAAUACUGAAAAUAAUAAAAAU